CCGGUUCCGCCGUACUCCCCGCCCGCCGGAGUCACCGGAAGCGGAGGGAGCCGGGCGGACAAGGACCGGAGAGCCGGUGACAGUGACGGGAAUCCAGCGGAGUCGCUCUCUGCCUUCUUGCUGCCUGUAUUUCCUGUCACAGCCGCCGCCACCUCGUGUCUCCCCGGCCGCCUAGCCGCCCGACCCCCCCCGGUCACCGGCCAGCCCAGCUCGGUAUCACCCCCGCCGGCACCCGCUCCGUGUCCCGUGGGCAGCCAGGCCCCGUGUCCCCCUUCAUUGUGUCCUGCAUAGUCCCUGUCUCCGCCAGGUGUCACACCCCCUCCAUCUCCCCACCCCCUGCCCCCCCUCCGAUACCGCCAUGGCCAAGAACACCCUCUCCUCGCGGUUCCGGAAGGUGGACAUUGAUGAAUACGACGAGAAUAAGUUUGUGGACGACCAGCUGCAGGAGGAGCCGGCGGAGCCCCAGGGGCCGGACGAGGGAGAGGUGGACAGUCUGAUCAGACAAGGAGACAUGCUUCGUGCUUUCCACGCUGCCUUUCGGAACUCUCCAGUCAAUUCUAAAAACCAGCUAGUGAAGGAACGAACUCAAGCAAUUGUUCUCAAGGUUCUGACUUCAUUUAAAAGUAAUGAGAUUGAACAGGCAGUAAAAACUAUGGAUCGAAAUGGAAUUGACCUGCUUAUGAAAUACAUCUAUAAGGGUUUUGAGAAACCUACAGAGAACAGCAGUGCCAUAUUGCUACAGUGGCAUGAAAAGGCAUUAGGAAUAGGAGGCCUUGGAUCCAUAGUCCGGGUUCUCACCUCACGAAAAACUGUGUAAAAGACUGUAUUAGCUCAAUCCAGAAGUUUAUGUUCCGGGCUCCAGCGCUGUGAAGGAAGAGUGGAUGCAGAGCCACCCAUCUGCAGAGUGCUAUCUAUUAAACUGUUUUGGAAAAUUCACUUGGGAAUGCUUCUUAUUACGACUGUGGACGAGACAUGAAUGUAUGUUUGUUUAAUGGGGUAUAUUUUGUUUCAAGCACCAGUCCUCUUUAGCAGGAAAAUGCUAUGUUAACAGUAUAUAUCAUGAGGGAUUUUAAAAGGGGGAGCAGAGAAUUCAUUGCACACGCCAAGGAACAAUCAACAAAAGUGCUACAAUGCGUUAAAGGCUGCGAUCGUUCCUGAAACGCAGUAGUCAUUGUCAUAUUUAAUAAUCCCAAUGCUAAAUUAUAUCGACCCUCCUACGAAGGUAAAAAAAUAAAGAUUGAAAGGCUGAACGUAACUGCAAAUUAUUGCUUGAAAAUAAAAUGGUGGACUGGUGGCUUUUAUUUUGUUAACAUGUAUAUACAGGAUUUUAGGAAUUCCCUGAUUUUGGUCUUACUUGAAAUAUCUGUUUUAACCCUUUCCUCUGCCAAGGAGGCCAUUAGUACAUUGAUCUUCAGUGUAGGGCUAGUCUCUCAGAGGAGGGAAGCGUACAAUGGUUGGGGGGAAUUAGGUAUGUGUUUGUGGUGUCCAGCCUUUGUCUGUAAGUUAAACUUGCAGUAUCACUGGGGCAGUUUGGUAUUCUUCAUCCUACCCAAGAGGAACGAAGAUAAAGAGCCAUUCUCCUGCGGUGCCACUGCUCAACUGAUACCUGUAAAUUUUAUUAAAUUACAGCUUCCAUGAGUGAAGUGAUGAAAUAA